GGGGCACGUCCGGAUUGGGAGGUUAACGUAUGAAAUACGGCCGGUAGAGAACUCCCCGACGUUUCAGCACCUUAUUUAUCUAGCUGCUCCUGAGCAGCACGAGCCGUGCAGAGGGAUUCUCGAAGACCAAGACGAGUUGGAAAGGAAUCAGUUGGGAAGCGGGAAACCUGAGAGCCCCCCUGCCGACCACUCCUCCAAAAGCUUGAUGAAGGAUCCUGGAGAUGCGGCAGCUACAUACCUGGAGUACUACGUUGUCUGCGACCGCUCUGUAAUAUACGAAGAGAUAGGUCUUCAUCUAAUCCUGAUAGGCAUGGAGAUGUGGACAGAACGAGAUUUUUCAACAGUUAGCCAGAAUAAGCUGGCCAAAACCUUGGAAAGGUUUUAUAACUAUGCCAUUUUUGAACUUCAGCGCCACGUCCAUUUUGACCACGCCGCUAUAUACACGCGUCUGGGUGAGGAAGGCUCCUUUGGGAAGUCUUGGGGAGAACGUCUUUGUCUUUCCCAUCAUGUCUCUGUUUCCGCUGUCAAAGCUUCACCGUCCACAACCCGCAGCGGGGUGUCUGCCGCACAUGAGCUGGGCCAUUCCCUGGGCUUUCUCCACGACGACGUUCUAGGGGGUGACAUGACAGGCUGUGACUGCAACUGCGUCUCCAAGCCGGGACGGUGCAUCAUGUACUCAGGCGUUGUAGAGUGCCACAGGUUGAGUAACUGCAGCAGAAAGGCCUAUUAUGAACUAUUACGAAAGCCAGGGAAAAGCUGCUUGCGGAACCUGCCGAAGGAAGCGGUCGUGAAAAAGGAGUGCGGAAACAGUGUCGUGGAAGGCGACGAAGAGUGCGACUGCGGCUUGGUUCAGCUGGCAGAGGAAGGAACGCUUUGCAGAGAAGCGGCUACAGACUGUGACCUCCCAGAAUACUGUACCGGGGCUUCCGCCGACUGCCCGCUGGAUGUGCAUAAGCAAGACGGGGAGCGAUGCGGCGCCGGCGACACUUGUUUCAUGGGGCAGUGCAGCGACCUCUCCCAGCACUGCAGAGAAAUCUUCGGCAAAGGUGCCAAACGUGCUCCGUGGAGCUGCUUCAAGAAAGUGAACACUCAAGGUGACCGGACCGGCAACUGUGGCACAGGAAGGCCUGGGUACAAGAAGUGUGAAGAAGAGCAUGCGGUUUGUGGAAGGAUCCAGUGCACCAAUAUUAAAAGGGUUCCAGUGCUUCCCACCAGACAAGCCGUCCUGCAGACGCCCGUCGGCAAUAUCUGGUGCUGGGGGGUAGAAUUCCACGAAGGGCUGGGCGUCUACGAUGUCGGAGUGACUCCAGAUGGAUCCUCGUGUGGUGCGGGGAAGGUGUGCAACAGCAAGCAGAACUGCCACUGCGCGAACGGGUGGGCCCCUCCCUUCUGCGAGGGCAAAGGCUACGGAGGAAGCGUCGACAGCGGGCCCCCUCCGAAACCCAAGCCGCCUACCUAUGCGAUCGUCGGCUUUACGAUCGGAGGAGUCUGCCUUUUGCUGACUGUUCUGCUGAUUAAAAAAUACAUCGUGACUCCUUGGCUGGCCAGUAAAGAAAUGGAAGAGGACACUGACCUAGAUGAUCUUGAGCCAACGGAGGAGUCUGAGGCGGAGGAAGCACUGCCCUUCAAGAAACCCAUAGAGGAGACUGGCUAG